AUGGAUUUCGGAUCCUUGGAGACAGUGGUGGCCAACUCUGCCUUCAUCGCUGCCCGGGGCAGCUUUGACGGGAGCAGCACACCAUCCUCCCGGGACAAAAAGUACCUGGCCAAGCUCAAGCUGCCCCCACUUUCCAAGUGCGAGUCCCUCCGUGACAGCCUUGGUCUGGAGUUUGAGAGUGUGUGUGUGGAGCAGCCCAUUGGCAAGCGGCUCUUCCAGCAGUUCCUGCAGACUGACGAGAGGCACGUACCGGCCCUGGAGCUCUGGAGGGACAUCGAGGACUAUGACACCGCUGAUGAUGACCUCCGGCCGCAGAAGGCCCAGGCCAUUCUGGCUGACUACCUGGACCCUAAGGCCAAGCUCUUUUGUGGCUUCCUGGAUGAGGGGAUGGUAGCGAAGGUAAAGGAGGGGCCUGCGGUCAGCCAGGACGGGCUAUUUCAGCCGCUGCUACAGGCCACGCUGGUACACCUGAGCCAGGAGCCCUUCCAGGAGUUCCUGGGCAGCCUGCACUUCCUGCGCUUCCUGCAGUGGAAAUGGCUGGAGGCCCAGCCCAUGGGGGAGGACUGGUUCCUGGACUUCAGGGUCCUGGGCAAGGGGGGCUUCGGCGAGGUGUCAGCCUGUCAGAUGAAGGCUACCGGCAAGAUGUACGCAUGCAAAAAGCUCAACAAGAAGCGGCUGAAGAAGAGGAAAGGGUAUCAAGGUGCUAUGGUCGAGAAGAAGAUCCUGGCGAAGGUGCACAGCAGGUUCAUUGUCUCUCUGGCCUAUGCCUUUGAAACCAAGACUGACCUCUGCCUGGUUAUGACCAUCAUGAAUGGAGGGGACAUUAGGUACCACAUCUACAAUGUAGAUGAGGAGAACCCCGGCUUCCUGGAGCCACGCGCCGUUUUCUACACGGCGCAGAUCAUCUGCGGCCUGGAGCACCUGCACCAGAGGAGGAUCGUCUACCGUGACCUCAAGCCCGAGAACGUGCUGCUAGACAAUGACGGUAACGUGCGGAUCUCUGACCUGGGGCUGGCUGUGGAGCUGAUGGACGGGCAGACCAAGACCAAAGGCUAUGCGGGAACUCCAGGUUUCAUGGCUCCCGAGCUCCUACGGGGGGAGGAGUAUGAUUUCUCUGUUGACUACUUCGCCCUGGGUGUCACCUUGUACGAGAUGAUCGCAGCCCGAGGACCCUUCAGAGCCCGAGGAGAGAAGGUGGAGAAUAAGGAGCUCAAGCAGCGGAUCCUCUCAGAAGCCGUCAAGUACCCGGAGAAGUUCAGCCAGCCUAGCAAGGACUUCUGUGAGGCGCUGCUGGUGAAGGACCCUGAGAAGCGUUUGGGGUUCAGGAACCAGACGUGUGAUGCGCUGCGUGUCCAACCCCUCUUCAAAGACCUUAACUGGAGACAGCUGGAGGCCGGGAUGCUGAUCCCGCCUUUCAUCCCAGACUCCAGAACCGUAUAUGCAAAAAACAUUCAGGAUGUAGGUGCCUUUUCCACGGUCAAAGGCGUGCUCUUUGACAAAGCUGACACGGAGUUCUUCCAGGAGUUUGCCACCGGCAACUGCCCCAUUCCCUGGCAGGAGGAAAUGAUCGAAACCGGCAUCUUUGGGGAGUUGAAUGUGUGGCGUGAGGACGGGCAGAUGCCGGACGACAUGAAGGGCAUCUCUGCCGUGGAGGCCUCCUCAUCCAAGUCAGGAAUGUGUCUGAUUUCCUAGAUGGGCUCUGGAGUGAGGCGGUGGGGCAGAGCCACUCAGCAGAGGACAGAGAGCCCCGCCAGCCUUCGUGGGGAGGCGCCAAAUGCCUUGUGGUGGGCUCUGUGGGGUCCUCCAGCCAGCGAGUGGACACAGGGAUCUCUCUGCCAGGCCCCUGCUUGUGCGCUGGGUCUCCUCCUGGCUCAAGACAGAGAUGGCUAUGGAGGCACAGGGCAGGGACUCUGGGCCUGGAUCCCCGAGCCUCUGCCCCUGACUGUCCCCUGCUCUUCACUCAGACAAUACGAUGUCCUGGUGGAAUCAGCCAAUCACAGGUGAACUCUCAAAGAUCCUCUUGGCAGCCACUGGUUGGUGGGACAGGACAGGUCCUGGUGGUGCUGCCAGAAGUCCAGUUUGGGUUUCCUGGACCUUAACCUCUAACCUCUCAGAGCCCAACUCCUCUGUGGGAGACUGGCAACACCGACAGCCGUCGGCUGUCCCACUGCUAGGAAGGGUUGGCCCAGGCCCUGAUCAACUGCAUCCUGGGGACCCCACAGUCAGCAUUUGUGAGGCGCUGAGACCUGUAGUCUCUGUCAGGGUCACCUUCAGGGUUCUUGGGCGCCAGACUGCCCUGUGGCCAUGCUCUUUCCUGAUUGUCAGCAGCACCCACCCUGGUCCCUCACAACCUGAGCUGUCUUCUCUCUGGCCCCUCCUGGAACAAGCUGACUACCCCUGGCCUGGCUGACCUCACCUCCCAGGGAAUUUCUGGGCAGGCUGCCUUUGUUUAUGGCUCUGCUGACCCCUGCCACGGGUCUUACUGCAAUCCCCUUGUAUUGUCAGCAGCUAUUGUACCAAAGACCAAAGCCCUACUCCUGGGAACACUCACAUCACUCUGCUCCCUGACUGCCCAGUCCAGCUGCACCCUGAAUAUAGACGGUCCCCACACAUCUCCAUGUUUGACUCAGCCCCAGCUGCCAUCUGGGCUGUGGCCGGGAUCCAGGACAUAGGCAGAGGGUUCACAAGGUGCAAUGCCAGCCCUGGGGUGGGACUUAAGGACUCCAAGCUGCCUUAGAGGUGGGCUGUGCCCUUUCCUCUGGGAGGAGCGUCUUGCGGGCCUCUGCACUGAUGCAUGGGGGGAGGUAGCCCUAGCCUCUUGGCCAUGGCUGGGCGUCUCCACAAGCCUUGGGGAGGCCAUGAGGAUAAGGGAGAGGGGCCUCAGCAAAUGGCCAGGCAUACUGACAGAGCCAGGGGCCGCAGGGAGGGCUUCAUGAGGAUGUCGAGUCCUCCGUGGCCUUGGCUGCCCCUCCUGGAUGUCAGCUACCAUUGUGGGGAGCCGGGUACCCCCAGAGACUAGCAUUGCGGCAGUCAUGGCUUUAGAGAUUUGCACUUGUGGCCAGAGGGACUGAGUGCCUCCAUGGUCGGCAGAGCUGCUGAGGGAUUAGCGCCGAGCUGGUAUUAGGAGCACAUCUUCCGAUAAGCCCAGGCCACCCACUCUGUGCAGAGACACGUUCUCUAGAGGUAGCUCCUGCACAUGCACAUGAAGAUCACACUUGGAAAGCAGCUCCACAGCCCUCUCCUCUGACCCGAGGGGCUGACAGGACCAUAGAAUGUUCUGGAAGGGCCAGGAGCAGCAUCCAGUGCUUUUCGAUCUAAGAUCCCAAACUGUCCAUGAAGACACCUCUGCAGCAGCCCAAGACUGGGGCUCAGGGAGGCUGAGCUGCCCACUGAGCAAGCUCCCGGCCCCUUCUAUUCUGGAAGGUUCUGCAGCAGACAGAACCUGUCUCAUUUGUGUCACUCAUUUCUGGUUCCUCUAAACCUUCUUAGAUCUGCUCCUGGUGCAUGUGGGUCUGAACAGGUAAGCGAUCUCACCCCGGCCUCCCUGGGGUUGCAGAGCACAGGCAAUUUCAUCAGCGCUGCAGGGGCCACUGUCCACAGUGAGCUGUCCAGCUCUUGGGCCUGCAGGACUCUGCUAUCCCCCCAGGACUCAGCAAGAACCUCUCUGCCCUCCUCUUGAGGUUGGACUUCCAGACACUCAUGUCCCAGUGAGAUUGAAUUCAGAUAAAUAAUGAAUAGUUUUUAGUGUAAGUAUAUCCUAUGCAAUCUUUGAGACAUCCUUAUACUAAAAACACAUUUGUCAUUCAUCUGAAGUGAAAAUUCGAUUGGGCAUCCUGUAGUGCUGUUUCUAGCAGACCUGGUAGGUCUGUUGCAGAUCACCCAUUUACCUAUAAAGUAGCUGUCUUACCUGCUGGGAGGGACCAGGAGAGGCUUCGCUUCUGGCUUCAGCUGCUCCUUUGGGUCUAUCCAGAGUGGUGUUUUCCACCUCUGUAAAAUGAAAGUUGACCCCGUUGUUCACAUAUAGGCUGU